AUGGAUCCGGCGUCCAAGGAGCUCGAGCGCCGCAGCCGCUAUCUCAGCUCGCUCAUCCGCCGCACUAAGCUCAGCGCCGCCCCUCAGCCGGAGCCGGAGCCCGAGCCCGAGGUGGCGCCACCGAAUCCGGAGCCCGAGCCGAAGACUGAGGUUGGGAAGCGCGGGGAGGCCAAGGCGGCGAAGCCAGUGGCCGAGGUGGAGGAGAAGCGGGAGGCCAAAGAGGCGGGGGACGGGAAGGGGAAAGAGAUCAAGGGAAGGACGACGGGGGUCCCAAGGAGGAGGACGGCAGCAGGAAGGUGUCGGUGCGGGUGCGCGCGGCCGACAUGCCCCUGCCGCUGCAGCGCCGCGCGGUCCGGCUCGCCUACGAAGCCAUCGCCGCCAUGCCGCGCCUCGACAGCAAGCGCCUCGCCCUCGCGCUCAAGAAGGAAUUUGAUACGGCAUAUGGUCCUGCUUGGCAUUGCAUUGUUGGAACUAGCUUUGGUUCCUAUGUCACUCACUCUCUGGGAGGUGUCAGAUGCCAUCGGAUGGGUGCACGGUGCACAGCAGGGGGAUCGGGUGGCUAAAAACGCCGCAACGGCAGCCGGCCAGAGAAGAGAACUAACCAGGCUCGUGGGAGGAGGUCCCGGUGCGGCAGCCGACGGGGAGGCCGCAACGGGCGGGGAGCUUGAACAUCUGCUCCCUGGUGACGUUGAAGGUGGCGAGCAGCUCCGGGUCGGCGAAGAGGCGGCACAGGCACGGCAUCUCGGCCGCGGCGGCGUUGUGCAUGGCCGUGCAGCACGUGGCCGAGGGGUGCUUGGUGGUCUUGAGGUACGCCGUGCACGGCAGCAGCUCCUCAAGGCACGGCAGCAGGUGCUGUGA